AUGAUAUUCUGGGGCCCAACCUUGAAUACCAAGAUGCCCCCCCAAGUGGAGUCUCGUUUCUUUCAGCCAAGGAAAGACCUCGCUCCUGUUCCCACGGUGCAGUCGAGUUCGUCCGAUCUCCUGUCCGAAUCAUCGAGUCCACUGGCCCUUUUCCAAAAGAGAAAGCAGACAUCACGGACAGGAAGAGAUCAUUCAAGUGGCAUUGCGUUCGUUGAGAGAUCAUGCCAAAUGCAAGCUGAGGCCCCUUCCUUCUUGCCAUUUUCAUCUCGUCAAAGCUUGGAGGACUCUCCAGUUGGGCAUCAACCCGAAGCUUCUUCGCACUUUGGAAAUAUCCCAAUUUCCAUUCGAGGAAUCGUUCUAGUGGCUAUAGACGACCUUCCUACCCAAUACCGAUCAUUGUUCCCAUUCCCACUGUUCAAUGCUGUCCAGUCAAAAUGUUUCCAAACUGCUUAUGGCUCCAACGACAACUUGGUGCUCUCUGCACCAACUGGUAGUGGGAAAACAGUCAUCAUGGAAUUGGCUAUUUGCAGAUUACUCAGCAUCUUGAAAGAUGAACGAUUCAAGGUCGUGUAUCAAGCUCCAACUAAAUCACUGUGCGCUGAAAGGUUCCGUGACUGGAAUGCCAAAUUCUCGUCACUAAAUCUGAAAUGUGCGGAAUUGACCGGCGACACCGACCAUACGCAUAUACGAAGCGUGCAGAAUAGCCAGAUAAUAAUCACUACACCAGAGAAAUGGGACAGCAUGACACGGAAAUGGAAAGACCACAUGCGGCUGAUGCAGCUUGUGAAGUUAUUCCUCAUUGACGAAGUGCACAUCCUGAAAGAGUCCCGCGGAGCGACUCUAGAAGCUGUCGUAUCUCGAAUGAAGAACAUCGGCUCUAAUGUACGAUUCGUGGCGUUGAGUGCUACGGUACCAAAUUCAGAGGAUGUUGCGACAUGGCUCGGCAAGGACGCAACAAACCAACACGUUCCUGCUCAUAGGGAACAUUUUGGUGAAGAGUUUCGCCCAGUCAAGCUACAAAAAUUUGUUUAUGGGUACCAGUCGAUGGUGAAUGAUUUUGCUUUCGACAAGAUCUGCGGUUCGAAACUCCCGGAGAUUAUUGAAGUCCAUUCAUGCCAAAAGCCAAUAAUGAUUUUUUGCUGCACGCGCAACUCAUCUGUCGCCACAGCCAAAGAGCUUGCUCGAAUCUGGGAAUUGACAAACCCUCCAGCUCGAUUGUGGAAAGGCCCUGAUCGAUACUUUGAAGUUCACAGCGAUGAUUUGAAAACAACAAUUGCUGCUGGAGUGGCAUUCCACCAUGCGGGACUUGGUCCCAGCGACCGCCACACCAUCGAGAAAGGUUUCUUAGAUGGGCAUAUUCACGUCAUCUGCUGCACUUCAACCCUGGCAGUUGGCGUCAAUCUGCCAUGCCAUCUCGUGAUAAUCAAGAAUACAGUUGGGUGGCAGGAAGGCGGCUGCAAAGAGUAUUCUGAUUUCGAAAUGAUGCAGAUGUUGGGACGUGCGGGCCGUCCCCAAUUCGAUGACAGUGCAACGGCCGUCAUUCUCACCCGAAAACACCGAGUCGAUCACUACGAAAAACUGGUCUCUGGCACUGAAAGUCUCGAGAGUUGCUUGCAUCUGAACCUAAUCGAACACCUGAAUGCCGAGAUAGGGUUGGGGAAUGUCUCGGACGUGGAAACGGCAACCAAGUGGCUUGCAGGAACGUUUCUUUUCGUGAGACUGCGGCGGAAUCCAACCCACUACAAGCUCAAAGAAGGCGCAAGUGAAGAGGACGAGGAUGAGUUACUCCGCCAUAUCUGCGAAAAAGACAUAGCUCUGUUGAGAGAAUGUGGACUUGUGGAAGCGGAGGCUCUACGCUCGACUCAGUUUGGAGAGGCCAUGGCUCGAUAUUAUGUCCGCUUUGACACGAUGAGGAUUCUUCUUUCACUGGAAGAUAAGGCAACUGUAUAUCAGAUUCUUGAUGCAAUCGUGCAAGCCGAAGAGUUCAAGGAAAUCCGCCUCAAGGUCGGCGAAAAGUCUCUGUUCAAAGAAAUCAACCGCGAUCAAGCGAUCAGGUAUCCAAUCAAAGUCGACAUCGCACUUCCCGCUCACAAAAUAUCUCUCCUCUUGCAGUCAGAGCUAGGAGCUGCUGAUUUUCCAAGUGGCGAUCAAUUCCAAAAGCAUAAAUUUUCGAUACAGCAAGACAAGAAUCUUGUCUUUUCUCACGUUUCCAGACUGAUUCGAUGCGUGAUCGACUGCCAGAUUGCACGGGGAGAUUCUGUAUCCAUUGCUAACGCACUAGAGUUGGCGAGAAGUUUCGGAGCCAAAGUCUGGGACCGUUCACCGCUUCAAAUGAAACAGAUCGAACAAGUAGGCGUCGUUGCUGUGAGAAAGCUGGCCGCUUCCGGGAUCACUAGUAUGGAAGAUCUUGAAGAUGCAGAGCCUCAUCUAAUUGAGAUGACUCUCAGCAAGAACCCUCCUUUCGGAACUAAGUUAUUGGCACGACUGAAAGAAUUUCCAAAGCUUCGAGUGAACUUGAAAAUUAUGGGAAAGAUCACGGCCAAGGACGCGAGGACCGGAAGGGUCAAGAUCCCGUUCCAGUUUGAAGUGGCAACUAUGAAUGACAAGAUGCCAAGUCACUUCCAACGACGUCCCAUAUACGUCUGUUGCCUAACAGAGACCUCGGACGGAAGAUUGAUUGACUUCCGUCGGAUCAGUUCAAACAAGCUCCAUGAGAGCCUGCGCGUUGACCUUGUUGCAGAAUUGGCAGGCCCUGAUCAGUACAUCAAAUGCCACGUUAUGUGUGAUGAUAUUGCUGGCACUGCAAGGCAAGCAGAAAUCAAGCCCGACAUUUCGGGAUUCUCUCUACCCAGCGCCAGUGUCAACAAGAAUCCGGCCCCCGCUUCAAAUUUGACCACCCCUGCCUCCGCUGAAGGUAAAUUCCAGGAAACGCCCCAAACCCGAAAGGAAAUUGAUAUAUUUGACGGGGAUGAACUGGAUUUGGAUGACUUUCUGACAGCAGGUCCUCAAAAUGAACGCAAUGAGAAGCAGCAAUUCGCGAAGGGCUUCCAGAAGGGUGAUGAUGAUUUCGAUUGGUUCUCGCUCGAUGAUACUCCUCCGCCACAUACCCGAACUCUAUAUCACCAGUCUACAAAGACCCGAGGAAAGAGUAAAGAGUGGAUUAAGGGAAUGGGGACCCAGGACCACGAAGAAGACGAGCCAAAACGGCUUGCGAAUGGAAAUUGGGCUUGCAAUCAUAGAUGCAAUGACAAAGCAAGAGUUGGCUUGGAAAAGCGUCCUAGGCCUCCAAAAAGAAAAGCCACUACCACUGAGAAGGCCGAUGGACUCAACCAACUCACAAUUCCACUUGCUGUUAGCAAAACCAACUCGACUGCUGACUCGAAGAAGUCUAAAAUGAAAGACCAAGGAAUUCGGGAGCUCGUUGAGGAACUCCCCACAAGCAAACAAGUUCAAGACAAGUCAAAGCAACCAAUGGGUGGGGACAGGACAACGGCCACCACAGUAGAAAAAGGUCGACAACCGCCAUCAUUUGGGAUAUUUUCCAGUGAUUACGGGGAUGACGACUUCAGUGACUUCUCGCUGCCGCACAAACCUUCUAGUUCUAGUUUCAACCUGCCUAGAGCAACAAACCUUUCUCAGACUAAACUUGAUGAGCCUUCCCCAACAGCUCUUGUAUCUGGCAAAAGUUCUUCAAAGGAGGCUGCACACGAAAACCAAAUUUUCAACAAUAACAGCCCCAUCGUGAUCUCGAGUGAUAGCCCGCCCGGAACGGGGAAUGAGAUCUUCACCAACUCUGAACAACUUCACAGCGCUGCCACGCCAGCUACACAAUUAGUGUCCUUGUCAACUAAUUUGCCACUAAGUGCCAGGCGCAGUCCAUCUGGUAUUGAAUCGAUGAUCAGUGAGCACUUUCCGAAAUGUGCCGACGAAAUCAUCACUCGGCAGGAAAGCAUGGAGUGUGAGAGAGAGUUCGAUAUCGAGGCUUUUCUUCAUGAUUGUACGAAUUAUCCAUCGACAAGUUCCAAUUUAGGAACACCCGGAUGGGAAGAUAUCGACCGUAUGCUACUGGAAGAAUUCAAGGAUGUUGUGGACUUUCACUAG